AUGGGGAGUACCGAUGGAUCCACCUAUGGGGCAUACACAUACGAGAAUCUGGAGAGGGAGCCAUACUGGCCACAGGAGAAGCUCCGAAUUUCCAUUACUGGAGCUGGUGGGUUUAUUGCUUCCCACAUUGCAAGGAGGUUGAAGAGUGAAGGCCAUUACAUCAUUGCUUCUGACUGGAAGAAAAAUGAACACAUGACCGAAGAUAUGUUCUGUCAUGAAUUCCAUCUUGUUGAUCUCAGGGUGAUGGAUAACUGCUUAAAGGUUACAACUGGGGUUGAUCACGUUUUUAAUCUUGCUGCUGACAUGGGAGGGAUGGGUUUCAUUCAGUCUAACCAUUCAGUUAUUAUGUACAACAACACAAUGAUCAGUUUCAACAUGCUUGAGGCUGCAAGAAUCAAUGGAGUUAAAAGGUUCUUCUAUGCUUCUAGUGCUUGCAUCUACCCUGAAUUUAAGCAGUUGGAAACUAAUGUGAGCUUGAAGGAGUCUGAUGCCUGGCCUGCAGAGCCUCAAGAUGCUUAUGGCUUGGAGAAGCUCGCAACAGAAGAGCUGUGCAAACAUUACACAAAGGACUUUGGAAUUGAGUGCCGAAUUGGACGGUUCCAUAACAUAUAUGGACCCUUUGGAACAUGGAAAGGUGGGAGGGAGAAGGCCCCUGCUGCUUUCUGUCGGAAGGUCCUUACAUCCACUGAUAAGUUUGAGAUGUGGGGAGAUGGACUCCAGACACGGUCUUUCACCUUCAUUGAUGAAUGUGUAGAAGGUGUUCUAAGAUUGACAAAGWCAGAUUUCCGGGAGCCUGUGAAUAUUGGGAGUGAUGAAAUGGUUAGCAUGAAUGAAAUGGCAGAAAUUGUCCUUAGCUUUGAGAACAAGAAUAUUCCAAUCCAUCACAUUCCUGGCCCAGAGGGUGUGCGGGGACGCAAUUCAGACAAUACUCUGAUUAAGGAGAAACUUGGCUGGGCUCCAACUAUGAGAUUGAAGGAUGGGUUGAGAAUCACUUACUUUUGGAUCAAGGAGCAGAUUGAGAAGGAGAAGGCUCAGGGUGUUGAUGUUGUUGUUUAUGGGUCAUCCAAAGUGGUUGCAACGCAAGCACCUGUUCAACUUGGCUCACUACGUGCAGCUGAUGGCAAAGAAUGAAGUUGGUGAAUCCAAUCAACAUCUACGGUUGCACCAAAAUGCUUAGUAUUAUGUUCAAUACCACCUUAUCAUGUUGGCAGGGAUGAACUGGGUACAGACAGUAGUAAUAAUUCAUGAUGCAGGUCAGGCAUAUGGUCCUUUUCAUUUUUAUAAUUACCAUUUUGGUGUAUGAAAGGAAUGUUUUAUUCUCAUGUAUUACUCUAGAUUUUGAGAGUGGGUCUCUGUUGUUGAAUGAUAUAAUAACGAAUGUGAGCUUCCUAUUUUAUGUGUCAAUGAAUGGAUAAUAUGGUACUGUCUCUCUUGUA